UGCUCCAAGCAGGGGAUUGUUUGCUCCAUGGAACAGGUAUUGUCACCUGGCCACAUGAUAAGUAAGCACUUGCCAAGAAAACAGGAAGGGGAGUUUCAAAAGUUCCCAGGGCUUUAUAGGGGGAGGGGUGCAUGUCUGUUUACCUGGCAUCAGAGCAGCUGAGCUGCUGGCCAGAGUGGUCACCUAGGCACUGUGGGAUAUUCCUAGGAGGCUAAAAGCUGUGUAAACAAGAAGAAUGUGUCUUCACUUGCACAUCACCGCAAAAGCACCAGUCGGAGCUGUACACCUCUCAUGGAGGUGGUUUUCUUUUUGCUGUGAAAGUUCUGAGUUUCACUGCAAAAAGUCAUUGGCAAGUGUAGAUGCUCCCAUGGUUUUUGUGCAAAAAAUGGACUUUUUCUGCUUUAAAUGGCAAGUGUAGACAUGCCCUUACUAUCAUUUAUAGUAAGACUCCUUUACAUCACUCUGGCAAUGUAGGGGCCUUAAAACUUUCACAGAUUUUAAUGCUCAUGGAGGAAUUGAUUGAGAAUGGGAACAGCUAAUUAACAAUAGGCAGGCUGCUACAUUUGUGCCUCAGAGAAUGAGAUCAAUUAACCAUCAACAGCAACUUCAACAACUUUACUACACAGGCAGGCUGCUUCAUUUAUGCCUGCAACCUGCCUCGGGCAUAUAAAAAGCCCUACCCUUAUACGCCAGGGAGCUGCAGUCGCAAGAGAGGGACAGAGGCUUGCUUGCUCACUUGUUGGCAUGCAUGCAUGCCCUGCCCCCACUCCCCCCGCCCUGACAGUGAUCACGCAGGCACACAUGCCUAGCUCCCUUCCCGGGGCAGCUCCAGGUAUUUUGCUGCCCCAAGCAUGACAAGUAGGCUGCCUUUGUCGACUUGCCUGCGGGAGGUCCCCAGUCCCCUGGAUUUGGUGGCACGCCUGCAGGAGGUCCGCCAGAGCAGUGGACCCUCCACAGGCAUGCCGCCACAGGCAACCUGCCUGCCACCCUCGCGGCGACUGGGAGAGCAGCCCCCGUGGCUUGCCGCCCCAGGCACACGCUUGGCGUGCUUGUGCCUGGAGCCGCCCCUGUCCCUUCCCCAGUCUCUGAGGCUGCUCCGGGCACUCUGGAACAGACAUGCUGCCUGGGCUGCUGGGGAAGAGGCACAUGUCCCCCGGCAGAUUUUUUUUUUUUCAUUUUUCUACAUGGGGGGCACAGAAAAAUGUGGGCCAUAUGAAUUCUGCGCCCCCACAUGGGCGCAGAUCCCCCCCCAGGAGUAACCUAUGACAUAGGGGUGUUAGUUGCAUCAGUGAGUUGUUAUAAAGUGCUAUAUAAAUAUGUAUGCUGCUGGUGCUGUUAGUAGCUGUCAGCCUCCUAGCAAAUUACCAACAUUUCCAUCAGAUGAGCCAAAGUGUGGAUGUCCCUGCGAUAAAUGACAGCUGCAUCUCCAAAUCUAGACGUGUCACACUUCUCAAAAUGCACAGUAUGCACGGCACAGAAGUAGCUUCUGUGAGAAGAGGUUUCCUGCUUUCUCUGUUCUUCAUUGUUAAAUUUUAGUUAACUGGGUGACUUGGAAGAAGUAAGCUGUAUAGCCUCAUGUAUUAUUUUGGGAUAGCUCCGACGACUACUGUAAUAUAAUCAACUUCUACAAAACAAAAAAAGCUGCCCCAGUUGCUGUGACUUGCAGUUAGUUUCAGACCUAAUGUGACUGUAAAUAUAAGCUGUGUAAUUUUCUGCAAUAAUACUUUCAUCCAUGUUUGUCUCCACGCGUUCUUUGCCUUUUCACAAAAUUCAGAAGUGCCCUUUUUAUUCCUUAGAACCUAUCUCCAGAUAAAAUUUUCCAUAUAAUCGUGGCUCCUUGCUAUGACAAAAAAUUAGAAGCACUGCGGGAAGAUUUUUACACCCCCUUGUAUAACUCUCAAGACGUUGAUUGUGUUCUAACAUCAGGUGAAAUUGUCCAAAUAAUGGAGCAGAAAAAUGUAUCUAUGAAAGAAGUGGCUGAAGUGGCCGUGGACAGUUUGUUUGGUGAAAUAAAGGAGGAAGACGUAGUACGGCAUGAUGGGAGGAGAUCUGAUGGGUACCUGGAGCACAUCUUUAAACAUGCUGCCAAGGAGCUGUUUGAUAUGGAUGUCAAGGAAAUCACCUACAAAACACUAAAAAACAAGGACUUCCAGGAGGUCAGCCUGGAAAAGGAUGGUGAGACAGUGUUGCGCUUCGCAGCUGCGUAUGGCUUUAGGAACAUCCAGAACGUGGUCCUGAAGCUGAAAAAGGGGAAGUUCUUGUAUCAUUUUGUGGAGGUUCUUGCCUGCCCUGGAGGGUGCUUAAAUGGAAAAGGCCAAGCCCAGACUGAAGAUGGAAAACCUGACAAAGUAUUGCUCAGCCAGAUGGAGGAACUGUAUGCUGCAAUUCCUGUCAGACUUCCAGAAACCAGCAUGCAUGUGCAAAAGCUGUACCAGGACUGGCUGGAAGGGAUGGAUUCCAAGAAGGUCCAGGAAACUCUGCACACCAAAUACUGUGCAGUAAAUCAAACAGCAAGCAGCAUGGAUAUCAAGUGGUGAUAAAUCAGGCUUACAAAAGAUGAAAAAACUUGCAUAGGUUAGUUAUGGACUCAGCACUGGAAACAUUCUAUGCAAUUGAGGAUGUUAUGCACUAGCCAAGCGUACGACCAGUACACUUUCUGAAUUGCGGAACAUUACUUACUUAAUACAAAGAACCAUUGCUCAUUUUUUUGUUUUGAAUGCCUUGGUUCCCUACAGGGUCUGUUAGACUCUUAUUGUGCUUGACCUCCUGCGUAUUUGGGACUUCCUUGUUUAGUUAAGGUCUAAUCUUGCAAGGUAUGGUGAUCACCUUCUUCUAGGAGUACAAUGCCCUCUACUCGGAGUGAAGUUAAUGCAGGUUGAGGGUUCUCACCAGUUUUACAGAACUGAUGCCCUCAACCAGGAGCUAUUGUAAUCCUUAUGUAUGUGAUUCCUUUCACCAGGCAAGAACAGCUACCCUGGUUAGAAUUGUUGUGUUAAGUGUACCAUAAUUUAGAACUCUUUUUGCCUUGUUAACCAAAAAAUGAAGAUUUUACACAAAGUGACCAAUGAAAAAUAUAAUUGAAAGAUUUAAUUGACUCCUUCCAUCCCUACACAAUAAAAAGGUUUAUUCACCUACCAAAACAUUGGCAGCAAGCUUUCUACAGACACAUUAACCACAAGGGAGAAUAUUCUGAUAUAAAUGGAAUGUCUUUAAUAAUACUAAAUGGUUGUAAUACAGUCCUUUCAUUAAGGGUUUCUGUUAACAGGUUGGUUUGUACAAAUAGUUAAACCAUGUUAAUCUCUCUCUCCAGAAACUUGCAUCGUGAAUUAAUCUUUUCUGUAAUUUUUAUUUUCUUUUGUCUGACUUGUUUAUGAAAGUGAGAGAUGGUGACCCCAUCUGAAGACAGGCAUGAUGUUGCCAUUUGCCCUGCAAUCUUCACCCUACAUCGGUUCUACGUUAGACCUCAGUCCUGAUUUACAAUACCUCUGUUAUGCCAUUUCUGGCUAGUCCUGAGCAUACACAGUGUCAGAUUGAAUCCAGAGACCAGAUACAUUUGUUGAGUGCCUCUAACUAAAAUCUUAAUUUUGGAACAUUCUUGAGCUGAUAAGAAUAUAAUGUAAACUGAUAGUGCUAGUUUGGGGGCAUUUUACGUACAUUACAUGCCUGUUUAAUUUAACAAGCUUUAAAAAUGGUGCUUGAUGGAUGUAACCUUAUCUAAAGCCUCACAGUUCAGGGAGGGAUGUUUAAGGAUAUGAUGUGAAAUUCAAGCCGUUACAAGGCUUCCACCAGAUUUCAUAGCAGCCUCAUGCUUGUUUUGAUUAGUGGCUCUCUCAAAACUAGAAUGAUUUCAGCUUUCACAUUUUAUUGAGAAAAUAUGAAUGGGGUUUGUCAUGAUCACGGGAAAUGCAUGAAUGCAAAUCUUGUGGAUUUCUUAAUAUCAGUUACUGUACUUGUGUGUGCACAAAGCUAAUAAUGCAAGAUCUUGAUGGAGUAUAUUUGAAAUCAGGAUCUACCUUUGGAAUGUGGAAAGUGAGGCAUUCAAUGCUUCCAGUCUUCUUUUUUAAUAAAAAUAAACUAACAGCAGAGUCGAUCAUAUUCCUGUUGGAGGCAAAUGUGAGUUUUUUACUUAAAUAGGAGUAGGCUCAAAAAGAGGGGGGAAAAAGGGUGCUGAAAUAUGUGGACUUGCUGGAAGGGACUAGCUGGUUUAAGAUGGGUGAAACCUGCAAUCACAUCAACAAAUUCAAGCUUCCUUUAUUUUAAUAAUACUUUAUUUCAGUGCAAAAGGCAUGUGGAUCUGACUUGUAUGGCAACCUGCAUGCAGAGUAAGCCUUCAGGUUUGUUUGUUUUUUUUAAUAAAAUGUUACAUUUGACGCAAUAACUGAACAUCUAGAGAAAUCUACCUCUGUGCUAGGAAAAGAGUUUGGAGCAGCAGGGAGAUCCUGGAAAACUUAUACUUCCAAAAAUUUAAAAAAAUUGUCUGUUAAAGAAUGAUCUGUGGAUUACAUGAAGCUUGUGAACAUCUUCAGUACUUGAAAGCAACAUGACCCCUUCAGUUUUAAUUUCUUGAUCUAUUCUGAUUUCCCCAGACCCCUUAAAUGGAAUUACAUUGUAAUUAAGUUUUAUUGUUCUAAGUUAGUAUAUACAUAUAUUUCUGUAUGUAUAUAUGGUUUUAAACUGGUCAAUAUGUUAAUUUAUAUAUAUAGCUUCAGUUUUGUGUACAGUUUGUUUAUUUUUGUAAAGGAAAAAUGUGCAUAUACUUGAUAAUGUGAAAAACUGGUUCUCAGUUUAAAUUUUUGAUUAAAAUUUAGUUCUUCACUGUGCUGUGAAA